CCCACUGCACUUUUUCGAGUGAAGCCAAGCUCCGCCUCUUUCUGCUAAUGGAUAAACCCAGAGGACAGCAUCAGAGAGAAGUGGAUCAGCUGGUGGUGGUAGUGGUUCUGCUGCUGUGGAGCUCAGGACUUCAAGCUAAAGAAAACUACAAUUCAACAGACUUUGUCAGGUUGAUGGGAGGAGUCAGUCGCUGUGCAGGAACACUGGAGUUGAAAAAUCAAGGAGAAUGGAGACCAGUGGAUUUCUCUGACUUCAGCCUAAAAACAGCAGCUGUUGUCUGUGAACAUCUGGACUGUGGCUCUGCUGUUUCUGCAGAAGCAAGAAAUGAGUCCUCACCCAGAUCUGUGUGGAGGAUCAAGUCUGACUGUGUUAGACAUGGCACUGCACUGAGACAGUGUGUAGUAUCAAGACCCACUUACACUAUUGUGAAUCUCGCCUGUUCAGACUCUGUCAGGCUGCUGAAUGGUUCCAGUCUGUGUUCAGGCAGACUGGAGGUGAAGUCUAACCAGAGCUGGUCCUCAGUGUGUGAAGCUGACUUUGACCAGCAGGAUGCAGAGGUGGUCUGUAGGGAGCUCGGCUGUGGGCCUCCUUUGGCCCUCCAGGGGGCGCUCUAUGGAGAAGUGGAGGCUCCGUGUGGAGGCCAUGAGUCUGCUCUCCUGGACUGUAGAAGCUCAGGCUCAGCUAGAAACAGCUGCUCACCUGGCAAAGCUGUUGGACUCACCUGCUCAGAGCUUAGAUGUGUCAGGUUGGUGGGAGGAGCCAGUCACUGUGCAGGUAUACUGGAAGUGAGCCAUCUGAGGAAGUGGAGACCAGUCAGUCACUCUUACUGGACUCUAAAGGCAGCAGCUGUUGUGUGUGAACAUCUGGAUUGUGGCUCAGCUGUUUCUUUGGAACCUGAAUUAUCAGGAAAAUCUUUGUGGAAGAUCAAACAAAAUUGUAUCAAAUCUGGAUCUGCUCUGUGGGAAUGUGCAACAUCAAGUUUUUCAUCUCACACCCUGAAGCUCACCUGUUCAGACUCUGUCAGGCUGCUGAAUGGUUCCAGUCUGUGUUCAGGCAGACUGGAGGUGAAGUCUAACCAGAGCUGGUCCUCAGUGUGUGAAGCUGACUUUGACCAGCAGGAUGCAGAGGUGGUCUGUAGGGAGCUCGGCUGUGGGCCUCCUUCGGCCCUCCAGGGGGCGCUCUAUGGAGAAGUGGAGGCUCCAGUGUGGAGCAAAGAGUUCCAGUGUGGAGGCCAUGAGUCUGCUCUCCUGGACUGUAGAAGCUCAGGCUCAGCUAGAAACAGCUGCUCACCUGGCAAAGCUGUUGGACUCACCUGCUCAGAGCCUGUCAGGCUGGUGGGAGGAGCCCAUCGGUGUGCAGGUGCAAUGGAGCUGAAACGGGGAGAGUGGAGAGCAGUCAGUCACUCUUACUGGACGCUGAAGGAAGCAGCUGUUGUAUGUGAACAUCUGGACUGUGGCUCUGCUGUUUCAGUACGAGCGAAAAGUAAUUCAGGGACGUUUCUGUGGAGGAUCACAUCUGACUGUGUUCAUUCUGGAUCUCCUCUGCGGGAAUGUGCAACGCAGAGUUACAUUUUAUCAUCCAUCCUGCAUCUCACCUGCAUGGACUCUGUCAGGCUGCUGAAUGGUUCCAGUCUGUGUUCAGGCAGACUGGAGGUGAAGUCUAACCAGAGCUGGUCCUCAGUGUGUGAAGCUGACUUUGACCGGCAGGAUGCAGAGGUGUUCUGUAGGGAGCUCGGCUGUGGGCCUCCUUUGGUCCUCCAGGGGGCGCUCUAUGGAGAAGUGGAGGCUCCAGUGUGGAGCAAAGAGUUCCAGUGUGGAGGCCAUGAGUCUGCUCUCCUGGACUGUAGAAGCUCAGGCUCAGCUCGAAACAGCUGCUCACCUGGCAAAGCUGUUGGACUCACCUGCUCAGAACCUUUUAGGUUGGAGGGAGGAGCCCAUCGCUGUGCAGGUACACUGAACGUGAAAAAUCUUGGAUAUUGGAGACCAGUUUCUUACAAUGACUGGAACCUGAAGGCAGCAGCUAUUUUGUGUGAACAUCUGGACUGUGGCUCUGCUGUUUCUGUGAAGCUCCAUAAGUCAUCAGUGAAAUCUGUCUGGAGGAUCAAACCUGACUGCUUUACAUCUGGAUCUGCUCUGUGGGAAUGUGCAACAUCAGAUUAUUCAUGGCACAUCCUGAAUCUUACCUGUUCAGACUCUGUUAGGCUGCUGAAUGGUUCCAGUCUGUGUUCAGGCAGACUGGAGGUGAAGUCUAACCAGAGCUGGUCCUCAGUGUGUGAAGCUGACUUUGACCAGCAGGAUGCAGAGGUGGUCUGUAGGGAGCUCGGCUGUGGGCCUCCUUCGGUCCUCCAGGGGGCGCUCUAUGGAGAAGUGGAGGCUCCAGUGUGGAGCAAAGAGUUCCAGUGUGGAGGCCAUGAGUCUGCUCUCCUGGACUGUAGAAGCUCAGGCUCAGCUAGAAACAGCUGCUCACCUGGCAAAGCUGUUGGACUCACCUGCUCAGAGCCCGAUGAUGUCAGAUUGGUGGGAGGAGCCAGUCGCUGUGAAGGAACUUUAGAAGUGAAAAAUCGUGGAGAGUGGAGAUCAGUGCAUGAUUCUCACUGGACCCUGAGAGAUGCAGUUGUUCUCUGUGAACAUCUGGAUUGCGGCUUUCCUGUUUCACUACAGCGGAGUCAAGAGUCCUCAAUGAAAUCUGUGUGGAGGAUCAAACCUGACUGUGUUCAGUCUGGAACUCCUCUGGGAGAGUGUGCCACAUCAGAUUAUGAUAUCUCCAUCCUGAAUCUUGCCUGCUCACACUCUGUCAGGCUGCUGAAUGGUUCCAGUCUGUGUUCAGGCAGACUGGAGGUGAAGUCUAACCAGAGCUGGUCCUCAGUGUGUGAAGCUGACUUUGACCAGCAGGAUGCAGAGGUGGUCUGUAGGGAGCUCGGCUGUGGGCCUCCUUCGGUCCUCCAGGGGGCGCUCUAUGGAGAAGUGGAGGCUCCAGUGUGGAGCAAAGAGUUCCAGUGUGGAGGCCAUGAGUCUGCUCUCCUGGACUGUAGAAGCUCAGGCUCAGCUCGAAACAGCUGCUCACCUGGCAAAGCUGUGGGACUCACCUGCUCAGAGCCUGUCAGGCUGGUGGGAGGAGCCAAUCACUGUGAAGGUACAGUGGAGGUGAAACAAGGAGGGUGGAGAUCAGUAGGUUCAUCAGACUGGUCCUUGAAGGAGGCAGCUGCUGUCUGCCAACACUUGGACUGUGGAUCUGCUGUAUCUGCAGGCCAGAGAAAGGCGGUCUCACUCAGAUCUAUGUGGAGAAUCACUCCUGACUGUGUUCAUUCUGGAUCUGCUCUGAGAGAGUGUGCAAGACUGAAUCUCUUUUUCUACAUUCAGCAUCUCACCUGCCAAGACUCUGUCAGGCUCCUGAAUGGUUCCAGUCUGUGUUCAGGCAGACUGGAGGUGAAGUCUAACCAGAGCUGGUCCUCAGUGUGUGAAGCUGACUUUGACCAGCAGGAUGCAGAGGUGGUCUGUAGGGAGUUUGGCUGUGGGCCUCCUUCGGUCCUCCAGGGGGCGCUCUAUGGAGAAGUGGAGGCUCCAGUGUGGAGCAAAGAGUUCCAGUGUGGAGGCCAUGAGUCUGCUCUCCUGGACUGUAGAAGCUCAGGCUCAGCUCGAAACAGCUGCUCACCUGGCAAAGCUGUUGGACUCACCUGCUCAGAGCCUGACCGUGUCAGGUUGGUGGGAGGAACCAGUUGCUGUGAAGGUAUACUGGAAUUGAAACAUUUGAGGGACUGGAGACCAGUUUUUAUCAAUCAUUGGAACCUGAAGGCAGCAGCUGUGGUUUGUGAACAUCUGGACUGUGGUUCUGCUGUUUCUGCCCAAUCUGAAGACUCAACACAAAAAAGCGUGUGGUUAAUCAGACCUGACUGUGUCAAACCUGGAUCCGCUUUGUGGGAAUGUGCAAAAUCAGGUUACUCAUCCAAUGUCCUGAAAGUAACCUGCUCAGGACUCCAGGCUGAAGAAAAACACAAUGCUACAGAGCCCAAUAAUGUCAGGUUGGUGGGAGGAGCUAGUCACUGUGCAGGUACGGUGGAGGUGAAAAACCUGGGAGAGUGGAGACCAGUGGAGGAAUCUGACUGGACACUGAAGGCAGCAGCUGUUGUGUGUGAACAUCUGGAUUGUGGCUCUGCUGUUUCAGUAGAACAGAGACAGAAGUCACUGACAUUGGUGUGGCAGCUCAAACCAGAUUGUGUUCAGUCUGGAUCUGCUCUCAGGGAGUGUGUCUCAUCAAGUUUGUCUUUUUUUGUCCUAGAUCUCACCUGUUCAGACUCUGUCAGGCUGCUGAAUGGUUCCAGUCUGUGUUCAGGCAGACUGGAGGUGAAGUCUAACCAGAGCUGGUCCUCAGUGUGUGAAGCUGACUUUGACCAGCAGGAUGCAGAGGUGGUCUGUAGGGAGCUCGGCUGUGGGCCUCCUUUGGCCCUCCAGGGGGCGCUCUAUGGAGAAGUGGAGGCUCCAGUGUGGAGCAAAGAGUUCCAGUGUGGAGGCCAUGAGUCUGCUCUCCUGGACUGUAGAAGCUCAGGCUCAGCUCGAAACAGCUGCUCACCUGGCAAAGCUGUUGGACUCACCUGCUCAGAGCCUGAUGAUGUCAGGUUGGUGGGAGGAGCCAAUCGCUGUGCGGGUGCACUGGAGGUGAAACUGGAGGAGUGGAGACCAGUGUGUGCCUUUCAUGAUUCCUGGACCCUGAAAGAAGCAGGUGUUUUCUGUGAACAUCUGGGCUGUGGCUCAGCUGUUUCUAUAGAAAAGGCAAACAUCUUGCAAACAGUUGCAUGGUCGAUCACACCUGACUGUGUUCUGUCCACAUCUCCUCUGAAGAAUUGUGCAACAAGAAAACAUUAUUCUUACCAAAUCCUGAAACUCACCUGUUCAGAUCUGCUUGUUCAGACAAACAUCCAUGCAUCCUCCAUGGACAGGGUUUUCAGUGCCCAGCAGCAGGGGCUUCAGGUAUCCAGGGGCUCCAGCUUCACCAUCAGCUGCUCCAUCCAGCCACAGUACCCAGGAGGCUCUUUCCAGCUCACCUUCACCUCCUCCAACACAACAUACAGCUGCACCCAGCCAGCUGUCAGUCACUCUGCCCUCUUCCUGUUUCCUGCUGCAGAGCCCGCCCACCAAGGAAACUACAGCUGUGUUUAUCACGUCUACGUUUUCUCUCAUAACUUCUUCUCUGAGAGCCACCAGCUGUCUGUCACUGUGUCAGAGUUUGUCAGCUUGGUAGGAGGACCCAGUCGCUGUGCAGGAACACUGGAAUUGAAACAUUUGGGUGUGUGGAGACCAAUGGAUGGCUCUGACUGGACCAUAAAGGCAGCAUCUGUUAUCUGUGAACAUCUGGACUGUGGCUCUGCUGUUUCAGUAGAAUGGCGAGAGGAUUCCACAGAGAAAUCUGUGUGGAAGAUCCAAACCGACUGCAUUGAGUCUGGAUCAGCUAUAAAAGAAUGCUUACAACUUUGGUUGUCUUCCUUCUCUCUGUAUCUCACGUGCUCAGACUCUGUCAGGCUGCUGAAUGGUUCCAGUCUGUGUUCAGGCAGACUGGAGGUGAAGUCUAACCAGAGAUGGUCCUCAGUGUGUGAAGCUGACUUUGACCAGCAGGAUGCAGAGGUGGUCUGUAGGGAGCUCGGCUGUGGGCCUCCUUUGGUCCUCCAGGGGGCGCUCUAUGGAGAAGUGGAGGCUCCAGUGUGGAGCAAAGAGUUCCAGUGUGGAGGCCAUGAGUCUGCUCUCCUGGACUGUAGAAGCUCAGGCUCAGCUAGAAACAGCUGCUCACCUGGCAAAGCUGUUGGACUCACCUGCUCAGAGCCUGAUGAUGUCAGGUUAGUGGGAGGAGCCAGUCGCUGUGCAGGAUCACUGGAGCUGAAACUGGGAGAGUGGAGACCAGUGGAAGCUUCUGAGUGGAUCCUGGGCAAAGCAGCCGUAAUCUGUGAACACCUGCACUGUGGUUCUCUUGAUUAUGUGGAGGCUAGAAAUGAGUCCUUGCUCAGAUCUGUUUGGAGACUCAAACCUGACUGUGUUCAAUCUGGAUCUGCUCUGAGGGAGUGUGCAACAUCAGAAUACUCUUUAAUGAUUAUGAAUUUCACCUGCUCAGACCUGCUAAUUCAGCCAAACAUCCAUGCGUUCUCCAUGGAUGGGGUCUCUGAGGCCCAGCAGCAGGGGCUUCAGGUGUCCAGCCGCUCCAACUUCACUAUCAGCUGCUCCAUCCAGCCACAGUACCCAGGAGGCUCCUUCCAGCUCACCUUCACCUCCUCAAACACCACAUACAGCUACACCCAGCCAGCUGUCAAUCACUCUGCCCACUUCCUGUUUCCUGCUGCAGAGCCCGCCCACCAAGGAAACUACAGUUGUGUUUAUCACGUCUACGUUUUCUCUCAUAACUUCUCCUCUGAGAGCCGCCUGCUGUCUGUUGCUGUUUCAGCUCCAACAGUUCAUACCAUCACAGGAGUCGUCCUGCUGCUGAUUCUCCUGAUUGUGAUUACUGCCCUUUAUUUCUCCUGGAAGGCCAGCAGGGAGCAGAAGCUGAGAAGAAAGGAGAACACUGACGUGGUUUACUACAACUACAGUGAUCACGGAGCAGAGGGAGGAUCAGCUGAAGAUGAAAGUCACCGCCUCAAAGGAGCUCAUCUCAAAUCCAAUUGAAUUUCUGAAAAAUAAGUAUCAUAACAGUUAACACAACAGUUUUCAAUUGAUUAUAAACCUGUGUACUCACUUCACUGAUGUAUCGCUUCAUUUUAAACUAGAGGGGAAAGCACAAUGUCAUCCAACAAACAUAUCAGGCAAUCAGGACGUCAGGCUCAUUUUUAAUUUCAACAACGCUCUAAUUUCAUGUUGUAUAUUAAAUUAAGUCAUUGUUUAUUCUUUAAAUCUGAUAUUGUUAUACCAUGUGCCACUGGAUUACAUCUGGUAACAUGCAACAACAAUUUAAUGUUACAUCCUUGGCCUGGGUUCACCUGAACAUAACUCCCCACUCAAACCACGCCAAAAGGCCGACAACACAGUAACUGAAAAUGCUAAGUAGCAGUUUAUUAGCUUCAGUGCUGAGCGAUGCCAAAACAACAAACAAGGUCUCUAAUGUUCCCUAACUGAAAGUUUUAAAAAACAAAAGACAGAUAUCUAACCUUAUCUCCCAACUAACAGACAAGAGAAAAAAACAUCUCAACAAAAAAGGCUUCUCACUCCUACUGCAGUGCUUAACAUGUACAGUGCAUGAAUAUUCACAAUUGUGUUUUUACAAACUGUUUACAAAAAACUAGUGAUUUGAAGUCAUUGGAAGCUGAAGCAUCGGCGCAUGUGUCAGAACAGCCACAAACAACAAGAUAGUGCUUCAGAAGCACUGUGCCAACAUUUGAUUCGUCUGGCCGGUCACGUGAUCUACACUAACUGUGUUUUACUUUCACUUUUUGGGUGAGAGAAUUCAUGGUUGGUGGUUUUCGUCAUCUUAGGAAGACAAUGCUCACUUCAGACAGUUUGCAGGUGUCUCAGACCCAACCUACACAAUCCCAAUUUGGAAAGCUGAGAAGGAAAUGGUGGAGGAAAAGUUUAUGGAAGAAAAAGAGAAAGGUCACAAACUGAGUUUUCUGCUAAUGGUGUGGUGGUUGACACAUUUGCACAGCAAGAAAAAGGUCACUGGUUUAAUUCUCUCUGUAGACACAGGGUGUGAAGGAAGGGCAACCCUAUCAAAUCAAUCACAUUACCUCCAAAGGCAAAAACCUUUUGGUGCAGCUAUAGCACAGUUAUAAUAUCUGCUAAUUUGAAGGUUGGUGGUUCUCCGAUGCAUCCAUUGGUGUGUGAAAGCACUUAAAACAUGGUGAAUGUGGCACGUUGUAUAACAUGCCCUGCACCCACUCCACUUAUUGGUGACCAAGAGCGCUGUAUAUUCACACCUUAUCAAAUGGUACUUCAGCCUCUUCUGUUCCGUGUGAUAGGAUUUUCUCGAAGGCGCACUGUGGAACAAAUUCUCUUCUUGAAUAAAAACCAAACAGGA